AUGGCGAACAGCGGCAUUCGACGGAAGGACACAACCAAAGGUCCACCGCUGCGCAUCCUCUCCCUCGAUGGCGGAGGCGUGCGCGGCUACUCUAUGCUAAUUAUCUUGCAAGAGUUGAUGCACAGAACAUUUGUCGAAAUAGAAGGACGAGCGCCUAAGCGACACGAAAUUCCCAAGCCAUGCGACCACUUCGACUUGAUUGCAGGCACGGGCACCGGAGGGUUGAUCGCAAUCAUGUUGGGCAGGCUGCGACUCGACGUGGACACUUGCAAGGACGUGUACGUUCGCAUGACGAAGAGAGUCUUCGAGACGGACAAGACAUUCGCCGGCAUACCCUACCGAUCCACCUUAUUCAAAGCCUCCAAGUUGGAGGAAGCUAUCAUGGAGUGCGUGCGCGAGCAUACGAUCUACGACGAUGAAGGCAACGAUGCGCCCGAUGCAAUGUCCUCCAGUGUGGACUUGAAGACGCCCAUGACGCCUGGAAGCGCCAUGGGCAGUGUCCAUCGAAGUCCGAGCACUGCCAGCAGGUACAGCCAGAUCGGAAUGACGCCCGUCAACAUGCGCAUGGCCGCUUUGAAGUGGGGCAAUCCGAGUGCAAGGCUGUACGACGUUCGGGAAGAACGAACGAAGACCGCCGUUACAGCCGUAUACAAAGGCUCCAAAAAGGGCGGCAACGGACAAAUCCUCCUCCGAUCCUACGACUCCCGCAAAGAGCCCGCCAUUGAACCCAACGCGACCAUCUGGCAGGCCGGUCGCGCAACCUGCGCCACCGCCCUAGCUUUCAAACCAAUUCAGGUCGGCCAAUCCGUGUUUCUGGACGAAGGUGCGGGAAAGUACAACCCGGCGCCGCAAAUCCUCGACGAAGCCGUGUGCAACGAAUGGCCCGGUCGCGAAGUCGGCGUCUUCAUCAGCAUUGGAACGGGAAAGCGACCAGAGGGCACGACCCAACAACAGCACCUUUGGUGGGAAGACUUUGUUUCGAGCGGCGUUGGCGACUUUGCAGAAGCCAGGAGGAGGUUGAUCGGCAAGAUUGAAGAUUGCGAAAAGAUUCACCAAUCUAUGAAGGACCAUCUGGCCAAACGUCAAGUGAACCCGGAGCAUUACUACCGUCUCAAUGUCAAUGUUGGAGUGGGCGAGUUCGGCAUGAACGAGUGGAAUCGACUGGCGGAGAUCAGCACCAACACCCGCAUGUACCUCUCGGAGCAGGACGUGCAGAGCAAGAAUCUGGACGCCUCUGCAAAACUCGCCCGCAUCCACCGUGCGAAGCAAAGAUGGGAACGCGCAGAGCGGGAAAGGGCGAACGGUACGCCUACGUUGAGAGACCCAAGAGACGCAAAUAGUUAUCGCCAGCGGCCGUUACCCAGUAUUCCUGAUGCUCCGACAUUCGCCGUAGAGCUACCAGCAGAAGAUGUCACGCCAGGUUUAUACGCACACAACCAGCAUCACCCCGCCCACUCUCGAAGCCCUUCAGAUGAGAAGUUCCUCGUCGUCUCCUCAGACGAAUAUCCGCAACCACUCAACGGCGACGUCCAACCUCGCCACUCUGGCGAGCUCUUCUCGGAUCGCCGUUCAGACGAACAAUUCCACGUAGACGAUCGCCCGUCCAUACACAGCUCUCCAAGUCUGAGCUUCACCGAGGUCCACCGACAGAGCCCACCGCCGCUGCCACCCAAGACUCCUUUGCAAUCAGAUAACUCAAAGUAUGCACGACUCAACGGGCCACCCGUGCUGCCCCCAGCAGGUGUGUCAAGGCCCCGGCCUCCACCAGGUGCUCCAUUACCAUAUCCCGACACGGAUGGACCGCCGCCUAUUGUCAACAAGGCCACAAAACCUGAAUUUUCACGAUAA